CCUCCACCUUAAAUUCAACUCAAAACAUAAAAUUAAAUAAUUUAAUGGCAAAAGCAGUGAUUUUACUAGCUAUUCUCUCCGCCGUCGUUCUUUCAGCGUCGCCGUUGGUGAGCGGAUACAGAGGAAUGCUGGUCGGAGGAAGAACGGAGGUGAAGGACGUGAAGAGCAAUGAAGAAGUGCAGGAGCUAGGUAGGUUUUGCGUUAAGGAGUUUAACAAGCAGCAGCUUCGCAGCGGAAGCAACGGCGGGGAGCUGAUGUUUUCCGAGGUGGUGGCGGCGGAGACGCAGGUGGUUUCCGGGAUUAAAUAUUAUUUGAAGAUUGAAGCGAGUGAUAUGAACGGAUUGGUUAAAGUUUUUGAUUCGGUUGUUGUGGUUAAAGCUUGGGUUAAUGAUAAACAGUUGAUUGCUUUUGAGCCGUCUGUUUUGGUAAUGAGCUGAA